AUGGCGCAGCCAUGGAACUAUAUUGAUUGUGCUACUGCUCCAUCUUGGUUUGUAACUGAAAGUAUGCUCAUGACAGAAGGCGAGCAAUUUCAACAGAACUAUAUUGAUAACAGUGAUGAUUCUUCUUGGAUGCAGUUGCCCAUAUUUCAAGAGGCAUUUUCUAAUCCAGCCAUGGAACCACUUUGCUGCCGUGACUGUCAGCUUGAUGAGAUACACGGAUUUGAGCAGGCUAGACAAAUUUCAUUGUCGUUUGAUCAAUUUAUUACCGGAGUUGAACUUCCUGCCACUGAAAAUGAUUCGUUUUGUACUGGAGUGGAAUUGACAUCGAAUCAAGUUGAUAAUUCUAGUACUGGACUGUAUUCUGAAUUAGAAUUUCCUUCAACUGAAUACAGCCCACCAAAUUCAUGUUUUUCAGACACUAGCAUGACAAUGGGAGAAGAGGAAGAUUUUGCUGUUCUUAUACAACAAUUUCAGCGGACUGAACCAACCUUCAACUCCUUCAACCCUGACUGCGGCUUAAUGGAUACGUUAGGUUUUCCAUCUGAAUUAGAUCUUCCUUCAACUGAAUACUGCCCGCCAAAUUCAUUUUUUUCAGACACUAGCUUGACAAUGGGAGAAGAGGAAGAUUUUGCUGUUCUUCUACAACAAUUUCAGCGGACUGAACCAACCCUCCACUCCUGCAACCCUGACUACGGCUUAAUGGAUACGUUAGUUUUUCCAUCUGAUGUAAGAAUUCAUUAG